CCUCAGCCGGGAGCUGCCGCCAUGGAGGGGGCGCCGCCGCCUCUCUUCGCCUUCGGUGUUAUCGCGGAUAUCCAGUACGCGGACGCGGAGGACGGCUACAACUUCGGUGGGUACCAGCGGCGGUAUUAUCGGCAGAGCCUUCACCUGCUGUGGGACGCUGUGGAAGCGUGGGCGGCAGAGAAGCCGCCGCUCGCCUUCGUACUGCAGCUGGGCGACAUCAUCGAUGGCCUCAACGCCCGCAGCGGAGAGUCCGAGCGUGCCUUGGCACAGGUGCUGGCAGCGCUGGGGCAGCUGCAGGUGCCGGUGCAUCACACAUGGGGCAACCACGAGUUCUAUAACUUCAGCCGGGCCCGCCUGGUGCACACCAGCCUCAACAGCCGGCCUGCCGGGGCCGUGGCUGGCCCACCAGCCAAGGACUGCCAGGCCUAUCACUUCAGCCCGACCACGCGGUUCCGCGUCGUUGUGCUCGACGCCUACGACCUGAGCACCGUGGGCAGGGAGCCGGACAGCCCCCGCUACUGGGAGUCCCUGCAGCUUCUACGGGAGAAGAACCACAACGACAACCUCAACAGCCCCGCAGGACUCGAAGAACCUCGGUUUGUAGAGUUUAACGGAGGAUUUAGCCAAGCCCAGUUGGACUGGUUCAAUGAAGUCCUCAAGUUCUCUGAUGAAAACCAAGAAAAAGUUGUAGUUAUGGGUCACCUGCCCAUUCAUCCUGAUGCUUCAAACGGAGUUUGCCUAGCCUGGAAUUACGAAGAUGCCCUUUCAGUCAUACACUCCCAUCAGUGCGUGGUCUGCUUUCUCGCAGGGCACCUGCACGACGGUGGCUAUUGUUUAGACUCUCAUGGAGUUCAUCAUUUGACUUUGGAGGGGGUUAUUGAAACUCCACCAGAAAGCAAUGCCUUUGGAACUAUUUAUGUCUAUGAAGAUAAAAUGGUAUUAAAGGGAAGGGGCAGAAUUUCAGAUAGAGUUAUGCAUUUCUGAAAAUGGUAAGCAAAUACAAAUAGCUCUUCUUCAGGAAGUACUCUGACAAAAGCAGGGGAUUCAGCUUAUUAUGUGCUUGUAGAAAGAUGUGCGUGGCUGAUCCUUAUAGCUUUAACUCAAACACUUUUCUCUCGGAUACAGAAUUUUAGAAAUUACGUUUCUGUAAGAAAACAGACCUAGUUUCUUCAUGGAGAAGAGAAAAGGCCAGUAACCAUGUUUAAAAUAAAUAUACUUGAAUGCAGAAUGUUGACUUCAAACACCCAAUCCUGACCGGAUUGCUAUUUAUUGUGAAAAAAUGCAAACUAUAUUCUUAAUAUUGUCCAAAAAAAGCCUAUUUUUUUAUAUCAGUCAGAAUUAAAGUGUGCAGAGUUGCACCUGCCCAGCUGCCUUUCAGUAUUUUUUUUGAACACUGUAGUCAAUAAUGUCUCUCACCUGGCAGAAUUCGUCCAUCAUGUAGCCUAAUGCAGUCUUCUUAACACUGCUUUAAAAGACUGUGGGAAAGCAACAGAAGAUCAGCGAGGAGGACUGUAAACAUGCUCAAGUGACUCGAACCUAGGGUACUGGAAAACACAUAUAUCACACUAAUUGUUAUUCAGUCUCAGGUGCUUGCAAGAAAAGCACUUGCACUUAGAUAACAUAAGUCUGUGAUGGACUCAGGGACACCUUAUCUAGCCGCUUGGAAAUCCUAGCCUGUUGUUGAAGAAGACCAAAGCACAGUGGGAAAACUAUGCCUGUUUGAACCCUUUAAAUACCAGCAAGAACAGGGAGUCUGCACGCGCUCUUGGAGUCCGUGCACGCUCUUGCUAACAAGGACUCUCUCGCUGCCAAGGACUCUUGCUAACAAGGACUCUCUCACUCCGUGGUGCCCGCAGUCCCUGCUUGCGUGCCUCUGCCUGGGUGUUGCUUCAGAGAUUCCCCGGUCUGUGAGGUAUCAGGAUUAAACUUGUUCUUUGCCUUUCA